AUGGGUUUCGAUAAACACACGACGGUUCAUGUUCGGAAUUUAGAUCCUUCACUCACAGAAAAGAUAGAUACACAGAAAAGUAGAGGAUAUGCUUUUGUUGAAUUUCCAAUGGCUUUAUUGGCAGAUGAAUGUAUUAGAAAAUGCAACGGAGCAACUCUCAAGGAUAAACCAAUUUCAGUCUCACCUUAUUCGGAAAAGAAAGAAUUGAUUAAACCUGAAAAAAAAAAGAAAGAAGAGCAUGCUCCACAAAUUGAUAGAGAUGAUCCAUUCUAUGUAAGCUCGAGUGACGAUGAAGAUGACGAAGAAGAUAAACCUAAUAAGGACGGAAUUUUCCCAAACAGAGUUUUAGUUGUCUCAAAAUUAUCAAAGAAACAAUCAUGGGAGGCCACUAUGGAAAGUUUGCAAACGAAAUUUAACAAAAUUGGAAAAGUUUCAAACAUUCGAAUGCCAAAACAAGGAAGCUAUCACAAAGGAUAUGCAUUUAUCGAAUUUAGAAAAUCCAAACAUGCAAAAAGAGCUCUGGAAUGGGCCAAAAAGAACACCAAAUUGUCAGUAGCAUGGAAACUCGACCGAGAUCAAUAUGUGAAGAAGAAACAAGAUGCAUACAUUAAGAAAAAAGAAGAUGAGUUUGAUGCUGAACAAGAACGAUUCCAAAAACAUUUGAAAAAGUAUUCAGAAGGAGAUCAAGAUGAAGAAGAUAUUGAAGAACCUGAAGAGUAUUUUGGUGAGGAAGAUGCACACGUAGAAAACAAAAAGGAAAAGGAUUUGGAUGAGUUAUUACAAGAAGAAGAAGAAGAUCACAAUGAUGACGACAUUGAGAAGGACACUCACGCAACAGAUGAGGAAGAAGACUCUGAAUCAGCACAACAAGAUCCAAUGGAAUUAAGCCAUAACGAUGAUGAUGACAAUGAUGACACAGACGACCACAAUAAUGAAGACGACGACGACGAAUCAUUCUCAACAACCAAAGAAGAUCAAAAGAAAGACAUGCAAACAGCUGCCGACUUGAAAAAAACAAUUUUUGUUCAAAAUUUACCUUUUCAAGCUGGAGUGGAUGAAAUUAAGGAAUUAUUUGAAAAUCAUUAUGGAUCUGUGGCAUAUGUUGCCAUCGUAGCUAAAAGUGAUGGACUCUCAAGUGGAAAAGCCUUUAUCAAAUUCAAACGUUUCUCUGAUGCUAAACGUUGUAUCCGAGAGGCAGAGAAAAACAUGUCUUCGGUGGUGCAUCAUGAUAAUGAUGAUGAUCAGAAGGCUGCUCCUAAUCACCAUAACAAUGAGAAGAACAAUACUACAAAGGUUGUGGGUCAACUCUUACUCGAAGGAAGAACACUACUCGUUGCGAGAGCACUUCCCAAACAAGAUGCUGAAGAAAUUAAAAAAAAACACGAAAAGAAGGAAGAUCCUAGGAACUUGAGACUUGCCAAAAUUGGAUUUAUUGCAGCGAAUAGUGCAGAAGCAAAGGAAAUGCCUCAAGAGCAUUUGAAAAAGAUUCAAAAGAAUUGGGCAGAAAAGAAUGAAAAGUUAAAGAAUCCAAUUUAUCAUGUCUCUGAAACAAGACUUGCCAUUCAGAACAUGCCAAAGUCUUGGACCGAGAAGGAUCUCAAGAAAAUCAUUUUGGAAAGGGUGAAUUAUGAUGAAGUGUUGGGACCAAAUAAGAAACCAAAGUUAAUUCAAGUUAAGAUUGCAAAAGAAAAUGAUGGAAAGCAGAGCAAGGGAUUUGGAUUUGUCGAAUUUGAAAAGCAUGAGGCUGCUCUCUGUGCUCUCCAUAGAUUGAAUAAUAAUCCAAAGAUUCUCAACCCAAGAAUCAAAGAUACCAAGAUGGCAACUGCUAGCCGUUUGAUUGUGGAAUUUGCAAUUGAAAAUACUAUGAAACUGUCGAUUCUACGAAGGCAUCAACAAAAGAGUAAGGUUCCAAAGAGCAGUGGUGACCAACCAAUGACCAAAUUCACUUCAACUGAGGAGAAGAAGAAGAGAGACUACACGAAUGAUGGUGAUAACAAGAAGAAACGAAAGCGAAACUUUGACAGCAGAGGUCACUCUAAGAAAACCAAACAGAAAUAA